UGUUGUCAAACGCCAAGUCCCGAUUUUUGCAUUUUAGGGGUUGUAUAGUCGUAUCAGAACGCUUGAAGUUAAAAAUGUUUACCUUUGAAGUCGCAAAACGCAAGAAAUUGCCUUUUUUUAACUGAAAAUGGAAAAAUGAAUGAACUUCCUGUCCCGCCUACGAGAAGUCGUGCAUGACGAUUGUGCUCGCCAGAUGCGCGUGCACGACUACUCUCCUGCCUGGCACCUGUCCGGCAGUGACGUGACCGUCAGUAUUAUUCAGGCGGACAUGGAAGAUACAAGUGCUGAUACAUCCUUUGGAGAGGAGUCGGGGGCCGGGCCCUCCACCUCUUCCAGGUCCAGAGGCCGUGGUCGUCCACGAAACCGGAGCCGGUCCACCAGGCGCAGGGGGGAUCUCCUCAGUCAGGAGGACGUGAGGAGAAUCAAUAACCUGCGCACUGAAAGGCUUGUGCACGGACGUGGACAAAUUCGACGCCUUUCACUCGAUCAGGCCCACGACGUACUGGAUGAGUGUUUCACAGAAAAUCCAGGCCUUAUUUUUAAUAUUUUGCGGCGCCUGCGAGACCCUCAAGCUGCCCCUCCUCCUGGCUCUGGACAGCCCUCCUGGUGUGUGUGUGGGAGGUGUCGGGAGAUGCCCACCCUGGUUGAGCAGAAGUGCUGCAGCGAGGUCAACUGUGUCACGCUACUGCCUGAAAUGGAGGCCUAUGUGCUGGACCAGGGUGGGCUCUCCUUAGCCCGCGUUCUAUGGAAUGACCUGCGGGUCCUGGUGGAGGAAGAGCACGACCGGGAGAACACCAGGCAAUUCCGCCAUGCGGCCUACCGCCAGUACAUUGCCUGGACAAGAGGGACACUGGGUGCAGGGCGCAGAGUGGUCAUCCCAAGUUGCUGCGUAUGGGCAAUAAGGGACAGGUUCCCUGACCCGGAUGGGCAAUACCGGGGCUUUGUUCCCAGGAGGGUGUAA